CCGAAGAGAGCUACGGGACAUCCAAGCUAGAAUUGCCUCUUGGGUUUUGGCUCAUCGCAUUUACCCGAAAGAAGAAGAAAGAAAGAAAGAAAGAAGCUAGAAAAAUGAGUUGGUUCGGAAUCGGAAUAACGCCAGUAAUCACUGUUUCAUGCAUGCUGCUUGUGUUCCUUAUAGCUCUCAUCAGGCUAUUUUACAAACAAUGGUGGACCCCAAACUGCUUCCAGAAAUUCAUGUAUCUCCAGGGAGUCAAAGGCCCUUCUUACACAUUUGUCCAUGGAAACACCAAAGAAAUCAUGAGCAUGAAGAAGGAAGCUAUGAGCAGGCCCAGAAGCUUAUCACAUGACAUAUUCUCUGCCGUUCAACCUCAUACUCACAAAUGGUCCAAGAUAUUUGGGAGGAAUUUUCUUCAGUGGUAUGGCAUUCAACCUCAGUUGGUCGUUGCAGAACCUGAGUUGUCGAAAGAGGUAAUGAACAACAAAGAUAGAAUCUUCCGAAAACAAAAGUCCCAAGGCUAUACGAAGAAGAUAUUAGGGGAGAGCAUUUCCAUGUCAGAAGGUGAAAAAUGGGUCAAGUUAAGAAGGCUCGCCAACCAUGCCUUCCAUGGAGAGAGCUUAAAAAGUAUGAUUCCAGAAAUGAUAACUAGCUCUGAGACAAUGCUAGAAAGGUGGGUAAACCAUGAAGGCAAGGAGUUGGAGGUGUAUGAAGAAUUUAGGUUGUUCACCUCAGAAGUUAUUUCCAGGACAGCAUUUGGCACCAGCUACUUAGACGGGAAGAACAUUUUUGAAAUGUUGGGGAAGUUGACCUUCCUUAUAUUCAAAAAUAAUUUCAGACUCAGACUUCCUAUCAUCAGUCGGUUUUACAAACCCCGUGAUGAGAUCGAGAUGGAGAAGCUUGAGAAAGGAGUACGCGACACCAUAGCAGGGAUUGUUAGGAAAAGAGAAAGCAAAGCAAUGACUGGAGAAGCUGACGGGUUUGGGCGUGAUUUUCUUGGAGUACUUUUGAAGGCUCAUCAUGAUACCGAUGAAAACCAGAGGAUUUCCAUAGAUGAAAUCGUUGAUGAAUGCAAAACGUUUUACUUUGCUGGACAAGAAACCACUAAUUCUUUGCUUGCUUGGACCAUCUUUCUUCUUGCACUCAAUACGGAUUGGCAAGAGGAAGCAAGAAAGGAGGUCCUGCAAUUAUUUGGAAAAGAAAAUCCAAACCCUGAUGGCCUUAACAAACUAAAAACGAUGAGUAUGAUCUUCAAUGAAUCUCUAAGGCUAUAUCCUCCAGUCGUUUCACUUAUUAGGGAAACAGAAAAGGAAGUAAGGCUGGGAAAGAUGGUUGUUCCGGCUAAUGUUGAAGUGCACGUCCCAAAUCUGUCACUUCAUCACGAUCCCAAAUAUUGGGGAGAAGAUGUGAACGUUUUCAAACCAGAGAGAUUCUCAGAAGGGGUUGCUAAAGCUACUAACAACAACAUAGUCGCAUUCAUGCCCUUUGGAUUGGGACCUCGAACUUGUGUGGGCAUGAACUUCGCGAUUGUCGAAUCAAAGAUUGCUCUGGCAAUGAUUCUACAGCGCUACAGCUUCACCCUUUCCCCUGGUUAUGUCCACUCGCCGAUUCAGUUUAUGACAGUUCGCCCACAGCAUGGAAUUCCUGUCAUACUACACUCACUGUGAACCGUCAAGUUUUUUUUUUGUCAAAAUAAUACUGUUGACUAAAUGAGCAUCUUCUAAAUGAUGUUCUCUAAAAACUUCAAUGCUUUAAAGCCCAUCAGGGAAAUAAGGUUCAAUUAGAAACAUAAUUUUUUUAUUUAAAAAAAAAAAAAAAACAUCGGUACCCAGUUCAGUACGUUAUUGUAAAGCAUGUUCUGCAUUAGUUUGUGGCUUGCUGUAGAUAAUUCUCCAAACUUCAAUUGCUUUUGUUUCACCGCCUUAGAACAUCACCACAUCAAGCGACAAGUCUUGUUCUAGAUUAUUCUUCAUUCUUCACUUUCAUU